AUGGCCGACAGCUUCACCACCGAGGCCUUUACCCUCCUCGCCCUCGCCAUCGUCGUCAUUAUCCUUCGCAUCAUCGCUCGCAUCUCCACCGUGGGAUUCCACAAUUUCCAGCUCGAUGAUUACCUGAUGCCUCUGGCCGGAGUGGUCUACGGCCUCGAAACAGGCGCAGCCUACUGCGUCGGCGCCUGGUGGAAAGGAAUGGCCAACAACGCCAUGACCGAUGCCCAGCGCGCCGCCCUCUCGCCCGACUCGGAGGAAUUCAGACUGCGAGUAGGCGGAUCCAAGACACAGGUGCUGGGGUGGUCGUUGUACACGACCUUGCUGUGGUUGUUGAAGGCCUGCAUGGCCAUCUUCUACUCGCGUUUGACGGCCGGUCUGAUCAAUAUGCAUAUCCGGGUGCGGGUGGCCUACGUCGCCAUCGGCGUGACCUACCUGACUGUGAUCUUGUCGAUAUUGUUUGGCUGCCAUCCCAUGCACAAGAAUUGGCAGAUAUACCCUGAUCCUGGCUUACACUGCCAACCCGCCAUCUCGCCGAUUGAUGUCUACGUGACGGUCACACUGAAUGUGGCAACCGAUGUAUACCUCAUUACCAUUCCUACACCGAUGCUCUUCAAAGCGCGUCUCCCCUGGCGCGAGAAACUCGAGCUCUUCGUCCUCUUCUCCGGCGGCAUCUUCGUCAUGGCGUCCGGAAUACUCCGCUGCGUUUUGAUCGUCACAGCCGGCGCAAACGGGGCCUCCCAAGCCGGCAGCUGGGCCUGCCGCGAGACUUUCGUCGCCGUCGUCAUCGGCAACGCCCCCAUGAUCUACCCCCUGUUCCGCCGGGCCGCCCGCCGCGCAGGCUGGUACAUCAGCUCCCGGGGCCAGUCGAAGAGCUACCCGGCGUACCCGCUGUCCGAAGGCGAGCGCGAGAACUCGACGCACCACAGCAAGAAGCGCCGCUUCCGGCAUCCGCUCAGCAUCCCCGACACGCAGUGGCAUACCAUCAACGACGAGACGAUGAUCCUGCCGACGUCGCGGCAGCAACCGCCCACCUGUACGGCCGGGGGCGGGGACUGGGACGAGUCGAGCCAGCCCAGCACGGAGGGGAUCAAGGUGGUGCAUGAGACGAUAAUUGAACGGAAUGAACGUUAA